CAACUCCUUCUACAUAAAUAGCAGAGAAGCAGGCUCUAUUCCAGUACUACUCAUCAAAUCUCCAUGGGUGAAGAAGUGAAGCUUUUUGGACAUUGGGCAAGCCCUUUUAGCCGCAGAGUAGAGAUUGCUCUGAAACUCAAAGGUGUUUCCUAUGAGUUCAUACAAGAGGAUCUCUCAAACAAGAGCCCUCUUCUGCUAAAAUACAAUCCUGUUCACAAGAAAGUCCCCGUUCUCCUACACAAUGGAAAACCGAUCGCAGAGUCGCUUGUCAUUCUUGAAUACAUCGACGAAACAUGGAAAGGCAAUCCCAUCUAUCCAGAGGACCCUUAUGAGAGAGCCGUUGCUCGUUUUUGGGCUAAGUUCAUAGACGAAAAGGUAAGCAUCAUCUAAUCAUUAAUUUUGU